AUGAGCGAAACUGAAGUUGAAGACAGCGAAAAUAAUGCCGAACGUGAAGGCGACAUCACUACAUCAUUCGAGGCCGAAGACAUUGUUGAAAAAAAAGGUAACACGACGUCAAUUGUGUGGACGUGGUUUGGAUACGGCAAAAACGACCAGGAACAGGUGAAGCCAGUCUGCAAAAUAUGCCGGCGGUUGGUACCAGCCAGGACGGGGAAUACAACCAAUCUUUUCCAUCACCUGAGACGGCACCACCCCAGUAAUUACUCUGAGAGCAUGAGUCUGCGUGCUCAAGCUGGAACGACACCUCACACACAGCCAAGCAAAACCACUACGUCGUCUGUUAGCAUUGCUAGCGGCAGCGGGAGACAACAAUCCAUCCAGUCGUGCUUUGCCGCCAUUGCCCCGUAUGAUAAAAAAACAAAGAGGAGCAAAAAUAUAACGAGCGCUAUUACUUAUUGCCUCGCUAAAGAUAUGAUGCCCAUGAGUACAGUUGAAAAAGACGGCUUCAGAAAACUGAUUAAAGUGUUAGACCCCAGGUACGAGCUCCCUGGUAGAAAAUACUUUUCUCAGAUGGCGCUGCCACAGCUUUAUGAUGAAUGCCGUCAUAAGCUGGAAAUUCAUCUGAAGGAUGUUAAAUACUUUGCCACUACCACUGAUCUUUGGUCUAGCCGCACAUCGGAGCCCUAUAUGAGUCUCACAAUUCAUUUCAUUGACGAGGAGUGGGCUCUACACAGCAAAUGUUUACAGACAGUAUACUUUCCAGAGGACCAUACUGGGGAAAUCAUCAGCCAGGGGCUGGAGGAUGCACUCAAAUCCUGGGGCCUUAGGGAAGAGAGUCAGGUGUGCAUCACAACAGACAAUGGGGCAAACAUUGUCAAGGCUGUUUCCCUCAAUGGUUGGACUCGGCUGCAGUGCUUUGGUCAUCGGCUGCACCUUGCCAUUGAGCGAAGUGUGAGAGACAAGAGAAUAGAGAGAGCCAUGGGUGUGUGCAAAAAAGUUGUUGGCGCUUUCUCAUUCUCAUGGAAGAAGAAAAAAGAACUAGCAGCUACACAAAAGGAGCUUGACCUACCAAAGCACCGGUUAAUAACAGAAUCACCUACCAGGUGGGGUUCUCGCCAUGCAAUGAUUGCACGAAUACUGGAACAGGAGAAGGCCAUUUCAAAGGUGUUGUCAGCUGAUAGAAAAACAAGGCACCUGGCUCCCUCAUGGCAAGACAUUGAGGUCUUGGAGUCCAUACACAAGGCCCUUAAUCCACUUGUAGAGUUCACUGAUGCCUUAUCUGGUGAAGCACAUGUCAGUGUCUCUUGUGUGAAACCUGUCCUACAGCUCUUCAAUACAGAGGUCAUGAAGCCAGGAGAGGAUGACACAGAGCUAACCAAGGCCAUCAAAACUUCCAUCACCACAUAUUUAAAUGAAAAAUAUGAUGAUGCUGUCACUGAUGACCUCCUUAACAUGGCAUGCCUUGUUGACCCUCGGUUCAAGACCCGCUACAUCCAAGAUGACAAGGUAGAGGCUGUGAAAUCCAGAGCUGUGGCUCAGAUCCUGUGUGACUGUCAGAGCACACCGCAGUCUCUCACACCCAGAUUGGGCAGAGGCGAGGCAGAUGCUACAGCUUCAGCUCCACCAGCCAAAAUGCAGAGGAAGACACUGGGGAGCUUUUUCAAGAAGUCCUCCUCUGUUUCUACCUCUAGUCUAACAGAUGAGCAGGAUGUUGAGGCUGAACUGAACUGUUACCUGCUAGCUCCAGAAGCAGACAGUGAGACCAACCCCCUGACAUGGUGGAAAAUUCACUUCACAUCAUACCCCAGAGUGAGCUUCCUGGCAAAGCGGUAUCUAUGUAUUCCUGCCACCAGCUCACCCUCGGAGCGUGCUUUUAGUACGAGUGGCAAUAUUGUGUCCUGCCAUAGGGCUGCUUUAAAGCCAGAUGUGGUGGACAGACUUGUUUUUCUAGCAAAAAACCUAUAA